CUUUAGCUCUUCAACAUCCCCCGUCCUCCUAUUUCGAAAGUUUUCUAAUUGUCGUUGGACACCAAACGCCAAACACCAACCAUCAUCAAAACGUCGAUAUGGCUACUACUUACACCAACGACGACGAUACUGCGGGUGUCCCCCAGGCCCCCGGUGCUGAGCACACCGAAGUGCUCUCUUUUCUUCAAUACUUCGAGACCCUGUUUAUCAUUGACGACUCUUCAAACAUGAAGCGCCAGUGGAGCGACGUGUCCUCCCUCAUUCAGGCCGUCGCUCCGGUCUGUCUCAAGUACGAUGAAAACGGUGUCGAUCUCUACUUCAUUAACCACAGGCCCACGCUCUACUUUCCUGGUAUGUCUGUGCGCAAAUCCGGAUAUAACCAUAUCGGCAAGGUCCACAGCGAUACUGGGAAGAGGGACAGCACGCAAAAUAUUUUCCAAGCUGUCAAGCCCGGUGGCGGGUGCAAGCUAGGCGCCCGCUUGAAGAGGAUCCUAUCCUGGUAUAUUGAGCAGUUGAAGCUUGAUCCCCAGCGAGCCCCUCUUAAUGUUAUUGUGAUUACGGCGGGUAUAUCAGACGAUGACAUUGCGGCCCCUUUGAUUGAGAUCGCGAGAGAAUUAGACAACAUGAAGGCGCCUGGGCACCAGUUGGGCGUGAUGCUGUUCCAGCUAGGAGAUAAUGAAGAAGUGCGAAAGAAGUUCGAGCAUGUGGAUGACGAGAUGUGGAAACAAGCGGGCACGCGCGACAUAGUCGAUACCGUCGCGUGGCGAGGCUGGCCUGCUAGCUUUGGCUCCGACGACAUGGUCAAGGCUGUACUAGGUGCCGUGUCCAAGAAGAUGGACGGGGCAAAGACGGCUCUCGCUGGAACGGAACCCCCGAAACGUCACGAGACGAUGAUUUAGGCCAGGGUUAGGGCCUGUUCGUGAAGCAAACGAGCACCGAGAGAUUUGCGCUUGCCCCUUGAAUGCUUCUCAUACCUCGAAAAGGACGUACUAAUAUUCUCUACGGCCGAUUAUCUACCUACCUCCUAUGUAAUGAGAUAAAUACAUACCUACCUCUUCAGGUUAGGUACCUCUAUUAACUUCAGAACGCAUCAGAUGUUACAUCUCUUGAUACCCCCACCAAUUCAUGCUCCCUUCUGAGGUCUACCAAGGUUAUCGUCUCGGAUCCCUACAUUAUACGCCAUGUCUGAAUUCUUGAUGCCUUGAUAAGUAGAAGUAAUAUAAUUCUUUAAUGCAGUAGACAUGUGGGCAAUUUCUUUCAGGUGCGCCUCCUUGACUUCCGGGAUAGAUUCCUCAACCGGGACAA